AUGACUACCCACGCAUCAACAACAGUGGAUAUUCCCUAUGUCAAACGGAACGAUGACGGCAACAUCCCAAAUCAUGCGCAGAUGUUUUCUCACGAUGCCGAGUUUCUCGAUGUUCAGCCAGCGGAGGUUUCCAAUGCCCGGACGACCGAUCGAGAGUUUUCAAUAUCAAGCAACGGAUUCCAAUACGCGCGACUGAAUGAACCGCCUCAAAUCGACUACUUGGACGAGGAUCAAGUCAGGAAAUUGUACUUUCCGGAGCUUGAGAGGCUGCUGAAGAAAGAGCUUGGCGCUUCUGAAGUAAAAGCAUUUCAUCACGUGGUGCGCAACGUGACCUACAAGGACGGAAUGGUAUACACCCGAAAGCACCGCUGUCCAGCCCGGAGACCUCACGUCGACGUCACCGACAAGUUCGCGCCGAUCUUGAUGAGUUGGGACUGCCCAGAUAUGCAUGCGGAUGUGCAUGCCAAUAGGAAGCACUGGCAAAUGGUCAACGCGUGGCGGCCGCUGAAGACGGUGCGCAAGAACCCCGUAACCGUCGCCGACACCGCUUCGAUGGCGUGGGAGGAUUACUUGACCGUUCCUCAGCCAGAGGUUGGGCCUGGUGUUGAGGGAUUCUGGCUGCAAAGACCGCAGGAUGCGGAUCGGAAACACGAUUGGUGGUACAUGGCGGACCAAACGCCCGAAGAGGUGUUGCUCUUCCUGCAACACGAUUCUGAGGGGGCUCAAGUGGUUGCUCAUACAUCGUUUACGCAGCCAGGACCGGUUCCGAAAGAGCCCAGAGAGAGUAUUGAAACCCGCGCCUUUUUAAGGCGACAAAUUUCGGCAAUCUUGAACUUCAACUUCUACUUUGAUCGCCGUAUCGACGAAGCUUACGGAAAGCAACAUACUCGAGUUGUUAAGCGAAAACGACUCAUUGCAUGUACCCAACAUACCAUGGGCCCAGUGUCGCGGUUUCCCCAGCUUUGGGAAGACCUGCUCUCGCCGUCUCCCGCGGCUCCUGCGUCCCGGUUGGAUCAGCUUUGGGAAGAGUCCCUCUGGCCCGAGUACACAAUCCGCAGGAUCGCGCGUGCAACAAACAACACACCAGAGCCGUUUAGAUGUGUCUUUCUGGCGUCAGUGUCCCUUCAGAAAUCUGUGAACUACAUCGAUCCCGCGGAGGAAGAAAGACGGCGGCGAGUCCAGAACGCCAUCAUCCGGGCGCGGGGAAAAGCAGAGCUGGAAUCCCGCAUCAACCAGUUGCAGAUCCGCUGGAACCGCAACUCGCCCCUCUUCUGUAUGCCCAAAGAGGUCAGGGACAUGAUAUACGACUUCCUUUUACUGGACACGCCCCGACAAGAGUUCAUCAGCCUGGAAGUCAACAACACACGACAUUCGCGUGGGAUACGCAGACUUCGGCACCUGCUUCAAGUCUGCCAUGAUUUCAGGGACGAGCUUCUGAGCCGCUUUCUCGGUCUGAAUAUCGUCAGAAUGUCGCUGCAUGCUUCAGACUUCUCCGCCAGCUUCCCCCACAUCCGCAGAGCGACGAAGCCCGUCGCUCCAAGACCCAUAUUUAUGGCUUUCCUGGGACGAGUCAAGCGCUUCUCGUUGCACCACGAGGGAGGCGGCAUGCCGUUUUGGAAGGACACGACUGUGAAAGCGGGCCUGUUGCUGGCUCAGUCGAUGCCUCAACUCCACGAGUUGACAAUCUACCCGACAGAGGAGACGACGCACCUCGAUGGAGAAUUUGCGUUGUUUGUACUGCAUGUUUUGACGAGCCCAAGUCUCAAUAAGCUCAUCUUCUUUGAUACGUUUGACGUUGUCGAAGAGGGUGACUUUGAGUGGGCUAAAGAUACGGAGUCAACGUGUCGGAUCGAGGUGGCCUGCCUGGGGUCAGACGAACCUGCCCCACGACCUGCGAGAUGCAAGGGGCGCUUCUUGUUGUCUGUGCGAGAGAGAUGCUUCAGCAUGAUGGGGAUUCAAUUCAAAAUUCAGCCAAGUCUAUCGGAGAAUAACCACGUCAAAUUUGUCAUCGACUGA